UUGUCACGUGACUUCCGUUUUUCGGUAAACAUUCGGUAUUUUUGGCAGGUCCCUUCAUAUAAUUUGUGAGGUGUGAAUUCUUUAAAAAUUCUUCCACAAUUAAUCAUCUAUUGUUGUUAAUUAAUGGUUGUUCUAAAGAUUAUAUCGUAACUGAUUUAAGCAGUAACCAUGCCAACACAAGAAUCGCCAGAUGAUUCUGCUAUUCGGAUAAAAGUGGGAUACAAUGGGGACAUUUUGGUAACGAGUAUUGGGAAUGAUAUAUCUUAUGGUAAAUUCUGUACAGAAAUUAAAGACAUAUGUAAGUUUGAUGAGCAACAACCGUUUACAGUGAAAUGGCUAGAUGAAGAAGGUGAUCCAUGUACACUAUCAUCACAGAUAGAAUUAGAUGAAGCUAUCAGAUUGUAUGAAGUUAAUAAAGAUUCAGAAAUAACCAUUCAUGUCUUUCCUAAUUUGCCAGAGAAACCAGGAAUGCCUUGUGCAGGAGAAGAUCGUAAUAUGUAUAGACGUGGUGCUAGACGAUGGAGGAAAUUAUAUCGUGUUAAUGGUCAUCUCUUCCAACCUAAACGCUUUUCAAGGAAAGCAUUCUGUCAGUUAUGUACAGAUCGUAUAUGGGGUCUUGGUAGACAAGGUUUUAAAUGUAUACAGUGUAAAUUGUUGGUACAUAAACGAUGUCAUAAACAGAUACAUACAGUAUGUGGUAAAACAGCUGUACCAUUAAUGGAUCCUGAUCAAAAUUAUACUCAGAGAAAAGAAGGAGCAGUUUCUCUAAAUGGUGAUUCCAAUCAACCAGCUCAAAGACCAUCUCAAGUUGUUUAUGAUAAGAGUCAAGAUGAGGAAAAUGAAGAAGAACAAAAUGCUGAGGUUAUCCCUAUUGAGACUACUGGCGAUGAAAGACAGAUAUCUAUAGAUGAUUUUGAAAUGUUACGUGUUAUCGGACGAGGAAGUUAUGCUAAGGUUUUACAGGUUGAACAUAAGAAAACAAAAAGAAUUUAUGCCAUGAAGGUUAUUAAAAAAGAGCUGGUUAAUGAUGAUGAGGAUAUCGAUUGGGUACAAACAGAAAAACACGUUUUUGAGACGGCAACAAAUUACCCAUUUUUAGUUGGUUUACAUUCCUGUUUUAUGACUGCUAGCAGAUUAUUUUUUGUAAUUGAAUUUGUCAAUGGUGGAGAUUUAAUGUUCCACAUGCAGAGACAAAGAAGAUUACCAGAAGAACAUGCUAGAUUUUAUGCAGCUGAAAUAUGCCUAGCUUUAAAUUUCCUACAUGAAAGAGGUAUAGUGUACCGUGAUUUAAAAUUAGAUAAUGUUUUACUUGAUGCUGAAGGUCACAUCAAACUCACUGAUUAUGGCAUGUGCAAGGAAGGGUUGAAAGAAGGUGAUAAGACAAAUACAUUUUGUGGUACACCCAACUACAUUGCUCCUGAAGUUCUUCGUGGCGAGGAAUAUGAUUUCAGUGUAGAUUGGUGGGCUUUGGGUGUAUUAAUGUUUGAGAUGUUAGCAGGUAGAUCACCAUUUGAUGUAGUUGGUAAUGCAGAUAAUCCAGAUCAAAAUACAGAAGAUUAUUUAUUUCAAAUUAUAUUGGAGAAAACUAUCAGAAUUCCAAGAUCAUUGUCUGUGAAAGCGGCAUCUAUACUUAAAGGUUUUCUAAAUAAGAAUCCAAAAGAAAGACUUGGUUGUCAUCCUGAUACAGGUUUUGUGGAUAUUAAAUCUCAUCCAUUCUAUCGUUCUAUAAACUGGGAAUUAUUAUCUCAGAAACAGAUCCCACCCCCGUAUAAACCAACUAUACGUAAUGAUAGAGAUUUAGAACAUUUUGAUCCUGCUUUUACUAAUGAACCUGUACAACUUACUCCUGAUGAUCCGAAAGUUAUUGAUAAAAUAGACCAGUCAGAAUUUGAAGGAUUUGAAUAUGUCAACCCACUGCUUAUGUCAAUGGAAGAUUGUGUUUGAAAAAUGUAUUUUGGGGAAGCAAUAGAUUUACAAACUUUUUGAUUACAUUAGCCUUCUUAUACACUAAUCAGUAAUAUCUAUACAGCAUACCCAAGUGCUAUGAUAAAAUAUUUGUGUAUGUACCUCAUAGUAGUCUUUUUGAAAUCCUUAAUAAAUCAAUACUUCAAGAAAACAUCUAGUCUGUGACAAGCUGGGACAUGGUUUAUAGUCGUUUGAAUCAUGCAUGCCUUUCAAGAACGCUCAAAUAUCGUUAGGUUCUAAAUAGAAAUAAUUCAUUGGAAGAAAGUAACAUAAUUGUUUAUUGAAUAGCAUCAAGUGGAUGGAUUUGUGGGGGGGGGGGGUAAUUUUAAGCUUAACCACAUGACUUUUGUCUUGAUGUUUUUUCUCACAGAUUUUCUCUGUGUGUCGGCUCGUCUAACCUUAUCGGGUAUCUGUUGCACGGAUACAUGUAUUUAUACAUUUUUGCACAUUUUUGUCUAAACUUGAACUCUUAUAUUUUAAUGAUUCGUACCAACCUAUAUAUAUAUAUUAAUAUGAAUCUCUUUUUGAAUACAUAUUAUGUCGAUUUCUUCAUAUAUAAUCUAAUGUAUUAUUUAAUGUAAUUCUUAAUUGAAGUCAAUUUGCCUUUAUCAUUUAUAAUGCUUUGGAUUCUUGACAAUAUUUGUCAAAUUUUAAAGACUUGGGUAUAAAUGUUUUUGAUGGGGGAUUAUAAAUUUAAUGUAAUAUCAUUCAAAAUUUUCAUUAAAUUGCUAUAUCAGUUUGUAAAUAUAUUUUUAAAAUGCACAAAGUCUAGACAGAUUUUUUUUUUUAAUAUGAAUUUGUAUAAAGUUAUGUAUUUUUAUUUCACAUUAAUCAUGUGAUUGUUAAUAUUUUGUUUGAUUAUCUUUUAUCAUAAUAUUCAUCAUAUACAUAUAUUUACAAUCUGUCAUAUCAAUCAAAAUAUAUGUUGUACAUUUCUUUUUAUAGCAUUUUGCUCAUAAUAUUCAAACAUGUAUAUAUCAUCAUUUGAACUUUUAUUAUAAGAUACUGUAUGUACAUUAUGUGGAUUUUAAAUUUGAAUAAUUUUGGUUGUGCUAAUAGUAUAGUGGGGUGAUUAUUUUCAUACAGUGCUGUUCACAGGUUUUCGCAACACCCUGUCUUUGAUGGUUUUCAAAGUGUUUUUAUUGCAAAAUAUUGAUUUGAACUAAGAAAAUAAAAUAAACUUUGCAUAGAAAGUUCAGUUUAGCUGCAUUUAGAAGAACAAAGCAUAAAAUUAAAAAUUGAACUCGGUGACUUUAAAUCAGAAAAUCAGAAGUGUAGUUUAAGCAUACUUGAGGGUGCUAAUGUAAUUGUCAGCUUUGUGAACUUGUCAAGUACAUGAGAAGUGAUAUCAGGUGUUCUAUAAAGGGUAUGCAUAGGCCUAUCCUGCCUUGUUAUUAUAUAUAUAUAUUUUAAUGCAUAUAUUUUCAACACAACUAACAUAUCAGUUCUGGGUAUUUUAGCGUUUGUAGAACAAGGUCACCAAAUAAUAAAUUUUGUUUUCAAAUCAAGGUCCUAUUUCACAAAGCACAUAUCAGAAUAUAAAUCAUACAUUUUACUAUACAACCGUAUUAAACUCGUGUGUAUGUAACUUUUUGUACUCUUUGUGGAAUGGGACUAACAACUCUCAGCGAUAUAAUAAAUAUAGCUGAAAUGGUUUAGUUACGUAUUUGUAAAUAUAAAUAAAAGUAUUAAUGUAUUGUCUUGAUAUAUAUCUAAUAGAAAUUUGCCAUGAUUGAAUCAGAGUUGGAAAGGAAAUGAUAAUUUUAACAUUUAACAUGGAGAUAUUUAGUUAAAUAUGGAUGAAAUAGGUAUUAAAUCAAGAAUUUGUUUAACAAUGAAAUUUUAGGUCCAGAAUUUGUAUGAUAUAAACAAUUUGUGUGAUUUGAUUUUAGAUGAUAAUAAUUUAGAAAUCCUGUCACUACCAUCAAAUAUAUCUAAAUAUAAAAAAUUUGUGUGAUUUGAUUUUAGAUGUUUAUAAUUUAGAAACCUUGUCACUACCAUCAAUAUAUCUAAAUAUGGCAUCUUAUUGCUAAUUCCAUUUGUAAAUCAAAUAUUUGUUCUUGCUCUAAUAAUUGUUAUGUAAUAUGCUUAUUUCAAAGGUUGUGUAAAGAAUUGUAAUAUUUCUGCUUGAAGCACGAGAAUGUUAUAAAUUGAUUAGAUAAUACAUGUGUUGUUAAGAGAUAACUUUAUUUGUAAACAUUGAUAUCAAAAGUUUUACAACCGCCCUAAGGUCAGUUAACUAACAUGUCCUUAUGUGAUAUUAGCUAAGAGUUACUCUUCCUUAUAGAGGGUCCCACUGAGAUAAGAACAAUAAUUAAUUCUGGAAACAAGUCAUGGAUUUUCAGUAUGCAUUCCUAUUAGAGGAUUUAUUAAGAUUGUCUAAAAAUCCUGAAAACUGAAAUAAAUUGGUUCAGGUUUGUGAUGUACUGAGAUUUGUAUUCCUUAAGGGACAUAAUGUCAAUUUCAUUUCUAAGAAAGACUGGGUUAUAGUUAUACUCAGUUUCUAAUAAAUUUUAAGAUUGAAAUGAAAUUUUAAGGUUUUGUAUUCACUGAGAAAAGUGUAUUGAUAUACAGGGCUGCCUCACCAUUAGGCAAGAUGAUUGGGUGACCUGUUUAAACAAUAUAACAGCAUGAAUUCGGUAUCAUCAUAACUUUUAAAGUUGCUACGCCACUGUGUCAGUUAUGUCUUUGUCAAAAGAAUAUUUUACCCAAUCAGUACGAUGUUGAGGUUUUAUAAUAGUAUAGGAGAGGUAAAUAUUGAGAAUUAGGUUUGGGCAUUAUGUCGCUUUAACACUUUUAAUAUCAUUUUCUUGGGACCAAUGGUAUUCCUUUUUGAGCCAUCUAAGUUAAUAUUAGUAUUUUGUAUAAUGAGCCUGGUAAAUGGUGAGAAAGAACAACAUCGACUGAUUCGACUCUAUGCUAUGUAAAUACUAUUACUAGCUAUAUUAUGCAUGAACAUAUAGUCUUGUGUGAAAUUUAGAAUAUUUUAUAAAAGGGUUUUACUUUCAUGCUUCAUUCAAUAAUUAAGAACAUUGUCAAAACUUUUUUUGUGCUGCUUCUUAAAUGUAUUUCCUGCUUUAUUUUUCAAAGCUUUUGCUGCAUUACCAGUACUUAAAAACAAAAUUGUAUUUUUACAUCACAAUUCUUCAGUCAAAAAGUGUUCAAAUCAUGUCGACCAUAGAUGUUUUCUUUUGUAGUUGAUAAUGCAAAUCGUCUCAUUAGUAAUUUUUCAUUGGAAUAUAAUUUGACUAUACAAAAAAACUAAGAACUCAUUAUUUACAGCCUGUGUAAAAAUCCCUGGGGCAUUUAUAUGUAAAUAUAAAGACUAUAUAUGUAUUAGUUAUAUAUGAAAAAUAUAUUAACUUAUCUCAUGUUGUGAAGAGACUAUACUAUUGAUUAUUUAUACAUGUUUUAAAUGUAUUACUAUAUAAUGGUAGGGUACAAUUAUAUUAAUGUAUGAGAGAUUGAGAAUCGUAACCUUUUUUUGGCCAGAAAUCAUGUUAUUCCUACAGCUAGCAUGUUACAUGUAGCUUGUUUAAUAUCUAAUAUAAAUAAAGAAUACAAAUAAA